AUGGUCCGAGAUAAACAAGAAAUUGGAUUGUGGCGUGCAGCGACUCGUUGUAAAGUCAAGAAGUUUCAGCAAUUUUUGAGCAAUGAGACGGACGACGACGUCCGAUAUCUGCUUGAUCAGCCACAUCCUGCAAUAGGCACGACCCCAUUGAUGGUCGCAGCAACUAAGAAGUAUGGGGCGGAGAUUGUGCGUGUUCUGGUGCAUUUGGGUGCCGAUCUGAACGUUACAGACAGUGGAAAGCACCAGAACACGGCGCUUCAUUACGCAGCUUACAAUAAUCGAGUCGCCCAGUUGGAGAUGCUGCUGGAGGCUGGAGCUGACGUCUUGGUUCUUAAUGGCAAGGGCCACACAGCGCUGGAUGUGGCAAGACUUCGUGGACGGAAGGAAGCAGCUGCAGCAUUGACUUCUCGUCUACAAGUGCACAGUGACUGGCUGUAUUUACGCUCCAAGUCGAUGGUGGGGUUCUGGAAACGACGUUGGUGUGUGCUACUGGCGUGCAAUUCGAAACGCACAGCAACCGAGCUCUGUAUCUUUCGAUCUCCCAACAAAGUGCAUCCUAUGGCAGUGUUGUCGCAAGACAGUUUGACGACACAGUGCACGGCACUGGCGGGUAAGAAAGCAAACGGCUUCAACCUAGACACGCCCGUGGUCUACCAGGAACUGCGUUUUCGUCGCUACAGCCGAUACCAAUCCUCGGGACGAACGCACGUCCAUAAGGCAAAAUUGCAACCGCGCGAGUACGUCUUUGCGUGCGAUACUGAAAGCAGUCGAGAUGCGUGGAUGAGAGUAUUGGGAAAUCAACAGCACGGACGGGAUAGCACGGACACGACGGCUAGCUCCAUAAACAUGAAUUUACCCCACAGAUCCAGCGCUAAAUUCCGUGCUGCAGCUGUCGAUACGCCAUCAUUACCGAGUGAUGGAUCGCAAGGUGGAGCCUCCAGGAACUUUGACACAGCAGAUCAAGGAGGCACGUUAGACAUUGGUAAAUUCUAG